AUGCUUUCCACCAUUGAAGCAAACUCGAGCCAAGUGCAGGAUGUAGGCUUACAAAGACAUCCUAUUGCCAUUGUUGGAAUUGGCUGUCGACUCCCCGGGGAAGCUUCGACAUCUUCUCGGUUAUGGGAACUUCUUUUUCACGGAAAGUCUGGCCACGGUCCAGUUCCGAGCUCCAGAUUCAAUGCAGACGGAUUUUUGCAUCCUGAUCCUGAUCGACCGGGAAGCAUUCAUACGAAGGGGGGCUAUUUUAUCAAAGAAGACACCCGUGGCUUUGAGAAUGAGUUUUUUGGAAUCAACCACCUGGAGGCGGGUUCUAUGGACCCCCAACAGAGAAAGCUUCUGGAGGUGGUUUAUGAAUCGUUUGAGAACGGAGGCAUUCGGCUUGAAGAUGUGAAUGGUUCCAACACUGGUGUCUUUGUUGGAAAUUUCACCAACGACUUCAUGGUCGCACAGUACAAAGAUCCCGAGUAUUUCUCUCGAUAUAGUGCCAUAGGUGCUGAGCCGACAAUACUGUCGAACCGCAUCACCCAUUGUUUCGACCUGCGCGGACCGUCUUUUGUUCUUGACACGGCAUGUUCAUCAUCACUGUAUGCUUUGCACUUAGCAUGCAUUUCCCUCGAUACACAUGAUUGUAAUGCAGCCGUUGUCGCUGCUGCUAAUUUGAUCCAAUCAGUGGAACAGCAAAUGAUUGCCGUCAAAGCUGGGAUUCUGUCGCCUGAUGGCAUCAGUCAUACCUUUGAUGAGGCUGCGAAUGGCUAUGGGCGAGCAGAGGGUGUCUCUGCUCUAUACCUGAAGCGAUUGGACGACGCCAUUGCAAAUGGAGACCCAGUAAGAGCAGUGAUACGGGGAACGGCCGUAAAUGGCAACGGACGGACGCCAGGAAUUAUGCAACCCAGCGUCAAAGGCCAAGAGGCAGUGAUGAGGGCAGCACAUCGAAGAGCAGGAUUGCGCCCGGAUGAAACAGGUUACGUUGAACUUCAUGGGACUGGGACCAAAGUCGGCGACCCCAUUGAAGUGGAAGCCGUUGCUCGCGUUUUUCAACGACGCGAUGAUGUACCAAUCCUAGUCGGCGGCAUCAAACCCACACUUGGUCACAGUGAGGGAGCAAGUGGCAUCUCUAGCGUUAUCAAGGUAGUUCUUGCAUUGGAGAGAAACCUUAUCCCUGCGACUAUUGGAGUGGAAAAUGUUAAUCCCAGCAUAAAGCUCAGCGAAUGGAAUGUAGACAUCGUUCGCACGAAUCGAGAAUGGCCGGAUGCUGCGGUUCGUCGAGCGGGCGUCAAUUCGUUCGGGUUUGGGGGUGCUAAUGCACAUGCCAUUAUUGAGGCUGAUCCUUCUCGAGCCCUACAGGAUGGCCUUGAGAGGGUGGUAGUAAACGAAAAUGGCAAAGGCGAUAGUCUGUGUCAGAAUGGUGAUUUUAUCAUUCAAAUGGAUGGUGACGCUGUUGCAGACAAGCAGCUUGAUUUCCCUGGCAUCUAUCUUUUCUCUACCAAUACUCAUGAUUCACUCAUGAAGCAAUUCGCUGGUAUUGUCGAUUAUAUCAGUGACAAAGGGGUUGACUUGCAGGUCAACGAUCUAGCAUACACACUCAACUGCCGUCGAUCACAACUCGAGAGCCGGGGCUUCUUAGUUGCACAAACAUCCUCUUUGCGAAACGAACCAAACUCUCUUCUUCCCACCAUUCAACCUGAUCGACUGCCCGAAAAACGAAAUUUGACUUUUGUUUACACUGGUCAAGGCGCCCAGUGGUCUGGUCUCGGGCUUGAACUCAUUGGCCAAUUCCCCUCCUUUCGACAGUCGAUUAGAACCUUCGACCGAUUCCUUCAGACGCUUGAUGAAUCGGUUCGGCCAUCAUGGACCAUAGAGCAGACAAUUUUGGAAAAAGACACUGAUGAUAUCCACCGCGCUGAUCGCUCCCAGGCAGUCUGUACGGCAGUUCAGAUGGCCGUUACCGAUUUGCUUUACUCCUGGAAUAUCAAGCCGAAAACCGUGAUCGGGCAUUCUUCAGGCGAGAUAACUGCAGCUUACGCGGCUGGAAACAUAUGUUACAAUCGAGCUAUUCUGUCAUCGUACCUUCGCGGAUUCAGCGUUUCGUUGUGCCAGGAGAGGGGAGGUAUGUUGGCAACCAGCCUCAGCAGGGACGAGGCAAAGAAUAUCAUUACUGAUAUGGGUCUAUCUGGCACAAUAUCUGUGGCCUGCGUCAAUUCACCCAAAAGCAGUACGCUCAGCGGGGACAUCGAAGCGAUUGACAAGCUUCUAGCUGCCCUACAGGACCGCGGUAUAUUCGCUAGGAAAUUAAAGACUGACGACAAAGCUUAUCAUUCACACCACAUGCAAGCGGUUGGCCUACUUUAUGAAGAACUUUUGCAUCGUUUUUGGCCAAAUAGUAAGACGGAGGGAAAACAGGUGUGGAAUUAUCCAGCCAGGAGCCAUUCUGGAAUAAGCAUGAUCUCGAGCGUUACAAAGGCCCUUGUCACCGACAUGGAUGUCUGUGCACCGAGUUACUGGCGUAGUAAUUUGGAAUCGACUGUGGAGUUUGAAGAGGCUGUCCGUCUGGUCCUGCAAGGCGGUUCAACUCAUUUUGUUGAAAUUGGCCCUCACUCAACUUUGGAGUUUCCCAUCAAGGAGACAGCCAAUCAAACCAGCAAUUUGCAGCAACCUGUAUCAUACAUGUAUCAUUCUGCACUUCACCGUGGCAAAGACACGUCUGUUUCGAUCUUAAACCUCAUCGGUUCACUUUUCCUCAACGGACACGACGAGAUCUUAUUCAAAUCAAUCCUCGAAAGCGGUAGUGACUUUAAUCAUGAACCAGUCAAGGUCCUUACAGACCUUCCUGCCUAUCCCUGGGACUAUUCAUCUACAUGUGCUUGGAACGAACCGCGUAUUGUGGCUGAGUUCCGGAAUCGUAAGGACGCUCGUCAUGACCUUCUUGGCUCACAGAUACCAGGAGGUAGCAAAACAAACAAAACUUGGCGAAACAUUCUCAACAUCAAUGAAAUAUCCUGGCUAAAGGACCACAGACUUGGGCCAUCGAUAGUCUUCCCUGCAGCAGCUUAUAUCGCCAUGGCUACUGAAGCUGUGUGCCAGGUGAACAACAUCCCACUGGCGGAAUGUCCUGGAGUGACGCUGAAAAAUAUCAGCUUCUUGAAGGCCAUGGACUUUCAUAUCGAGGAGCGACCGCGAAUCGAGAUAUUUACAGAAAUGGAACCACUUCGCAUAUCCAAUACGACAACCUCAAAUAAAUGGUGGCGUUUCAGUGUUAAUUCCAUCUCUCGUGAUGCAAGCCAGUCUAUCCUUCACGCUAUAUGUGUUGCUAGUCUUUCUGGCGAUGAUACCAAAGUAAAAUCCACUCGACGUCAAAUUAAUAUCAUUCAAAGCUCGAUGGAAAAACAGGUGACCCAAGCCUGGUACGAUAAGUUCACUCAGGAAGGUCUCAAUUGGGGUCCGCAAUUUGCGGUGAUGGAGGACAUUUUCUGUGACAGAGCAAAAAGAUCGUAUAUUGCUGCUGCGACUACUCAUCUUGUCCGCGAGGACAGCUCUCCGGGGUAUCAAAACAGUCAUCCAAAGUAUAUCGCUCACCCGAUAAACAUUGAUGCCAUGCUGCAAACAGCCUUUGUUGCUACAACGCGUGGAUGGACUCGCAAUUUGCGAGCCAAAGUUCCCGUCAGCAUCGAAACAGUCGAGGUGUCUAGUCCAGUUUCUUUAGACAUGGAUGCAACGAAGCCAUGGUCCAUGGAAUCGAUGUCCGAAUCGGUCGGCUUUGGAACGGUAAACAUCAAUGCUGAACUGAUAAACCAGCACGAUGAUGUCUUAGUUCGCAUGCUCAACGUUCGCGCGAUUCGAUUCCAAGGUAAUGCACGAAUAGACACUAACACCGAAACAAAAAUGCCACUGGUCAGGGUUGCAUGGAAGCCAGAUAUCACAGCACUUCCAGCUGGACCUAACUCUAGCUUCUCUAGAUAUCUGGAUUGGUUUGAAAAAACAUAUUCAAAAACAGGCAUCGAAAUUUGUGAUCUUCGCCUGGCUGGGGCUUUGGAUUUGAUUACCUUUAAAUUCCCGAGUUUGCGAAUUCUCGCAAUAGACUGCCAACCCAGAACCAUCAAGUUAUUCAGGGAUAGCUUACGUGCUGAACACCACUUGAGACGUUUUGAAACCUUCAACGUAGUGCAAAUCGCUGAAGAUGGCGGAAUGAGUAUAAUCGAUGGCAAUGGUAAUAUCCUUUCCAGCAGUGCAACAAAAUCCAAUGGCGAGGGCCAAGAAUCUCAACUAGAGAGUAAAUUCGACAUAAUCAUCACCUCAAGCACCAAAAAAGUGGCGACAGUCGACCUUCUCAGCCCUCAUGGAUUUUUGAUAUGUACUCAAGGUCUAGAGCAGGAUAUGAGACAAAACGCCACAUUAGAGAUCAUUGAAGAGCCGAGUCGGAACUCUUCCAGUGUUCUUAUAGGAAGACGAAAACACACAUCCUCCAUAUCAGCAGCUAAGUCUCCCGAUUCACCAACUGUUUUCAAGGUACGGCACGGCCAAGCAUGUUCAUCCUUGAAUAACACCCUCCAAACGAUGUUGUCCUUGAUCUUCGGUUUACAAGUUCCAAUUCUCAAUUUGGACGAGGUUUCUGGAGCGACGAUACAACAUCGAGCUAUCGUAGUCUCAACAAUAGAAGCGACGGCACCACUACUCAGCGAAAUAAGCGAGGAUGACAUGAAGCGUGUACAGGUGUUGACCGAUAGUGCAUCCAAAAUUCUGUGGAUCACAAAUGGGGGCCUUCUUUUAGGUAAUCAACCAGAUUAUACGCUAAUUCGGGGCAUCGCUGGUCCAUUGAUGUUAGAGCAGCCCGCCCUAAAAUUGCAAAUCUUCGACGUAGAUGAUCCAUUCACAAAUUUUGACGCUACAGUAAAGAAUAUCCGUCACUUUAUGGAGGCUUCGUUCUCGAAUUCGGCGCCUGAACCAGAAGUUGCGCAGAAAGAUGGAAUUAUUCACGCGCUACGCUGGGAGCCGGAAGACGUACUCAACGCACAGUUUAAUUUGAAACAGCGCGAAGGAAUGACGGAAAAGGCCCUCGGUGAUAUUGGCCGGUGCGAGGUAAGCAUCAAGGAACCUGGUCAGAUGGAAACACUACAUUUUGCGGCAAAGGAGUUCGAAGGUCUUCUACCAGCCGACCAUGUCGAGAUUCAUGUUCAAAGUAUUGGAUUAAAUGCAAAGGACCUUUAUGCUCUUGGGGCUCGAGUGGACACCAAAGGUGCAACUUGCUCCUGCGAGUGUUCCGGUAUUGUUACCGCUAUAGGCGAAAGGGUAACAAAUAUCCAGGUCGGAGAUCGUGUUGUUGCAAUGGCCCCUGGGUAUUUUGCUACUUACGAGCGGUUUCCUGACUGGGCCAUCUGUAAACUCGAGGACGAGGAAGACUUGAUAAUCGCGUCAACUAUCCCAAUUGUAUUCGUCACGGUUAUCUAUAGCCUUCGGUAUUGUGCUCAUCUGCAGCGUGGAGAGUCGGUACUUAUUCACUCAGCUACUGGAGGAGUAGGUCUUGCCGCUAUUCAGCUGGCGAAGAGCAUUGGCGCCGAGAUAUUUGCCACUGUUGGAAAUAAAGCCAAGAAGGAGUAUUUGGUGGAAACAUUUGACAUCGAUCCUGGUCAUAUAUUCAGUUCUCGAGACUCGUCCUUCCUCGACGGCAUUCAAGCAAUGACCCAAGGUCGAGGCGUUGAUGUCGUGCUGAAUUCUCUAACUGGCGACUUGCUCCAAGACAGCUUCCGGGCCUGUGCUGAGUUCGGCCGCUUCAUUGAAAUUGGGAAAAAGGAUAUCCUCGAACACGGAAGGUUAGAUAUGGCAACCUUUGGCCGUAAUGUAUCUUUUACCGCCGUCGACCUGAGUAGUCUUUAUUUCUCUGACCAACCGGCACACCAUCGUCGAUGGCACAAACUGCUACAAGAGAGCAUGGACCUUAUCCGAUCCAAGGCUGCUUUGCCUUGCAUGCCGCUCAAAAUAUUCGACGUAACAAACAUCGAAGAAGCCUUCCGGUACUUCAUGAGAGGCACGAGAAUGGGUAAAGUUGCAGUCUCCUUCCAAAAUCCUAAAAGCAAACUCCGACUGCUGCCAGAGAGGUAUGAAUCCAAAUUCAACUCAAGCAAGAGCUACCUGAUGAUCGGAUGCCUCGGUGGCCUUGGUCGCAGCUUGGCCAAAUGGAUGAUGAGCCGCGGGGCUCGCCGGUUUGUCUUCCUUGGUCGCACUUCCACAGACAAGCCCUCCGCAAGAGCACUUGUUGAAACCCUCCGCGAUAACGGUGCAGAGGUGAAAGUUGUUCGUGGCGAUGUUGGAAUAUACGAAGACGUCGAACGGUGCAUUCAAGCUGCAAAAACGCCUAUAGGCGGUGUGAUGCAAGGAGCGAUGGCGUUACACGAGACCUUUUGGGGUGAUAUGACCCCUGAUAGGUGGCACACAGUGAUCCGUCCCAAGGUCCAAGGUACAUGGCAUCUGCACAAUGCUCUGCGGAAAGAUGGGAGAGAUUCGCAGCUUGACUGGUUCGUCAUGACCUCGUCGACGGCAGGCACGAUUGGCGCGGCCACCGAAAGCAAUUACUGCGCGGCAAAUGCCUUCCUGGAUGCCUUUGCGAGGUAUCGCAAUAACCUUGGGUUGCCAGCUAUCGCGAUCGGAUAUGGACGGAUCGCAGAAGUGGGAUAUCUCCACGAACAUCCUGAAAUAGAGGCUAUCAUGGAUCGCAGAGGCAUUCAAGCUACCACUGAGGAUGAAAUGAUACAGAUUAUGGACCUGGCGAUGGCCCAUCAGCAUCCUAGCAAGUGGCAACCCGGAUAUGAUCGUCUGGUUAACGCUCAUUUACUCACGGGGAUUGACUUCUCCGGCCUCCAGUUGCAACGCAACCAUGGAUAUGAGGGCGAUAUCCAUUUCCUAUCAGACCCACGGGCCUCUCUCUUUGCUGCAGCAUUUAAAAGAAGCAAUUUAUCUGCUGAUACUGCAAACAGAGGGAUACCAUCGGCCUUGACGCAGGGCCUGCCGGCCGAGGUUGCCAAAGUCCUGGCCGAAGGUGACGGAGUGACCAGCCUACUUGAUGCGGUGCAGGGCAUGGUAGGAAAAAAGAUGGCAAAUCUCAUCCUGUUGCCUCAGAAUAAGUUGCGUCUCGAUCAGAGACUGGGAGACUUUGGAAUAGACUCGAUGUUAGCGGCUGAGUUUCGCACCUACAUCUUCCAUGCUCUAGAGGUUGAUGUUCCGUUCAUGAUGCUUCUCGACAAGAGUACCACUGUCCAUAGCUUAUCAGCCUUUGUCCUCGAGAGGUUAAAGAGUCGACAAAAGUUGCCUUCAGAGUAAUGUUGAGAGGAGGAUUUAGUGCCUAGGUAGGUAUUUAUAGAAUUAAUCCGUAUUAUUUCAACUAGAUCAGCCAAAGUGAUUGCAAGAGGGAUAUCUAGAUAGGAAAACCACCCGACAGAAACUGUAAUAGGAGGUUAGUCCGUUGGUUAGACAGGAGGA